UCCCUAUCUGCAUCUGCUGCAGAGCUUAGCCAACACGCAUCCCUGCUCUCUCUCUUGUUUUUUCAUUCCCACCACCUUUUUUCUCUCCUCCUGUUUCUGCCCACCAUAAUUUCUCUGAUAAGACGCGCACCUACGGCCGUGGCGCGCUGGAGAGAGAGAAGGAGAGACGGAGCAGCUACUAUUCGUCACUUUGGAGAAUUGAGGACAGCGGUGAACCGGAGGAGAGAGCGCCGGAUGGGAUAGGAGCCGUGAAACCCACAUCACUCACCGCGGGUUGAGCAAGCCUCGCCUCCCCUCCCUCUCCUCUCUCCCACACUCUCAGUCUCUCCCUCCCUAGUCUGCAGACUCCAAGAACAGCCGCUGCAUCAUUUUUUUUCGGAGCCUCCUCCCUCUCCCUCACUCUUUUCUCUCUCUAUCUUCCCUCUCUCCCCCAUCCUCCUCGCUUCUCUCCGUCUGCCUGCUUUUCUGCUGCUUGCACCACUGUGGGAAUGCAGCGAAGGUAAAUCCACGCCGGAUCUAUCAUCACAGACUGCAGGACAGCUCCGGAGACGCACAGCUGGGAGGAAAAAAACAGAGGGUUGUCAGCGCAAAAAAAGGGGGAUUUGGAAACCUUUUGGAUCAGUUGGAUUUAGCCCCAUCGCUACCCGGGGCAUCAUCAUCAAGCAACAAACAAACAAACACCACCCCAAUCUCACUGGCCGAUCACAUCAGAUCCCUUUCCUGCCCUGCCUCGUUUCAGUGGCUUUUACUGGCUUGGAUUACCGACAGCUGGAGCGAGAGAGCGGGUGGCCGUUUCCUGAGGUCUGCUGGAGGCAAAGUUGAAGCAGCCUGUAAAGACACUGCAAGUGGAGGAAAAAGGAAGAUCUGUCUGCUUCUGAGGUGCAAUGAACUCCAAUGAAACCCGAGAGACUGACAUUGGAACAAUCUGCGUAUUUUGAAGGAUCUUAUGCGGCCGAUAAUCAAGCCAUUGAGAGUGGAGAAGGGUGCUGCCACAGCCUCGGCUUGUUGGUCUACGCACGCACACACGCACAUGGAUUUACAGCUCCAGUCUGAAGCUCGCCAUGCCACGGAUCGAUAUCCUGCUCCGUUCUUUUCGCGACGGCUUUUUAACAAGGGAGUGAAGCAUCCUGGGAUUUAUCAUCGCUUCGUUAGCGCUGAACUACAGUGAGGCGCCCCCCUUCGCCUCGCUCUCUCACCUGUCCAUAACCUGUGUGCCCGUGUGGAAGCGUGUGCGCGUUUUUUUCUUCUUCUUCCCCGUGCAUUUCUGUGAGUGUGUGCGUGCGUGUGUGUGUGUGUGUUUGGUUUGUUGUCCGCCAGAGGGAGUGUAGGUGAUAUUGCUUGUGUAUGCAUUGGGGUGCUGUGCCAGCUUUUAAUUAGUAGUACGUGACUGUGAGUAUAUUGUGUCUGCUGUGCUUGUGGGUUACCCGUGCCUGAGUUCAUGUUUUAUGUACGUGCAUGUAGCUAUAUAGGCCUCAGCGUUGUGUUGGUAUUUACUUAAGAUGCGUAGUAUUUCUUCUGCAACACAUCUCCUUCAUCGUAUAUGCCCUUGUGUCAUCUGGCCACCUGUUUGACCUCCCGAACACCCCUAAGAGACAACAAAGCUCCGGCAGGAUGAGUGAGCGCUCUGGUGCAAGCACUCUAGCGUCCAUGACGCUGGAGGAGCCAGGGGCUGAACAGGCAUCUCCUCGUGCCCCGGGCCCUCUCCGCUGUGGCCCCUGUGCCGUGUGGCCUCGCCAGCAGACCUGGCUGUGUGCCGUGCCCCUGGUCAUGGGCUUCGUGGGGCUGGGACUCAGUCUCAUGCUGCUAAAAUGGAUUGUGGUGGGCUCAGUCCAAGACUAUGUCCCCACUGAUCUGGUGGAUCCUAAAGGUAGCAUUGGACAGGACCCUAUAUUCCUCUCCAAACCCAGUGCCAUGCCCAAGGGGCCUGACAUCUCCACGGCCACCUCUACUUUAACUGCCUCCACGACAGCGAUGGUGUCCACUACCACGCCGCUAGCUGCGGAUGGUACCGCUCCAGCUCCAAGAACUCGAUCAGGGCCACCAGCAAACCACUCAGCCAAUGCCAGCACUGCCAAUGGAGAUGGCAACCAUGCCCCACACCUUCAUAACCGUGUUGGCACCCGCAUUAGCGGGACUGUGGUCACCACCUCUGUUACUCGUGCCACCAGACUGACCCCACCACCCAACGGUAAGGAGGUCACGCCUCGCAGUACUGUUAGAAAAGGAGGCAGCUCUGGGAAUGGACGUAAUGGAGCUGCCAACUCAAAGCCGGGACAGACUUCUACUACCACCACGGCAUCCACCACGACUACAGCUACUGUGAAGAUCACUGGUAAGGCUCAGCCGACCACCUCCCAGCCGGCAGCCCCAGUGAAACCCACGUCACGUUGGAAUCACGGGCGGCAAGGCAAGGGCCCAGCCACCCGCCCGCACCACCGCUUCCGAGCACCGUUGGCACCAACACUUCCUAGUCUACGUUCAGAGGUCUUCAAGCCAUGUGUGGAAGACAAGGACCUCGCCUUCUGCCUGAAUGAGGGAGAGUGUUCCAUCAUUGAAACCGUGGCUGGAGUUCACAGACACUGCAGGUGUAAGGAGGGCUAUCAUGGACUACGCUGCGACCAGUUUGUACCCAAGACAGAUGCUAUCUUGUCAGACCCAACGGAUGAACUUGGGAUUGAGUUCAUGGAGAGUGGUGACACCUACCAGCGGCAGGUGCUGUCCAUCUUCAGCAUCGCCUCGGGGAUCUGUCUUCUUGGAGUGGCAUGUAUGGCUCUCUACCGCCGCAACAAGAGACACAGGGAAAAACUCCAGGCUCAUUUCUCUGAUAGCCGCAGUCUGAGAGACUGCAGUGUCAACGCCUCGGGCCUCAUGUCCAAAUCCACUCCCAGGCUCCAGUACAGCAUUCAACUCCAAAAGAGUUGCACUUCUCAUGGAUCAUCUGUUAAGGGCAGCAAUGUGGCACCAGGCUCAUCAGCGGUAGCCCCACCUAUUCUCAGCAAGGCGCUGUCGAAAGGGAAACGCUUCAGGAGUAGCUCUCUCUCGCUCAGUCCUGCUCAGCAACGGAGGGAGACUAAUUACUUCAGGACCCCACCCAUUUCCAGAGGGAAGCACAAAAUAUCGACCAAUCUCAUUGACGGAUCCCGAGUGGUCGGCCACGUAUACAAACACUUGCAGGAGGACGAGUCAACAGACAUGGAGUCCAUAAGAAGGUGUGAUUCUGCCACUGGAAGAGUCGGCGCCCUCCUCAGCAGGACCUCACUCUCUCACUUCACAGCCAGGAAAGGAUGGACUGAGGUCCCUUGCACCCGCUUAGAUAAGGGAACAACCUUCCUUCCGCCGUCCUUGCGCACCCGAUCCGUGCCCAUCAUCCCGUCACUCCAAGCAUGCGACCUUGAGGCGGGGCAUUCGGACAUGAGUGACCGGAACCAAACAGGGCUUCUUAAGUGGCACCCGGUGCUGGCUGGAAAGAUGGGGCUGCCCAUUAGCAAUUCUUCCUCUCCUCCGUCUGAGACUGUCGUAUUGGCUACCAGUGUUAUGCCCGGCAGUGUUAGCCCUUCCGCCACCACCACCACUGCUGCUGCUCUGGGGUCGGAGAAGAACCUCAGCUCCACGCAAGCACCCUGCUCCAUUGAAAUCACAGUGGAACUUGGGCAGGAAUUAAAACAAAAAAGCCAUUCCAGCUCCAUGAAAAUGUCUCACGGCAAGAUCCACCGCGGUGGCACAAACACUCUAGAGGCUGGGGUUGCACCAGAAGGGAAAAGCAUCCAGUAUCCAGCCAGAGUUGUGCACACAGGCAGCGGAUCCAGAGGUUUGAAGACAGCCGGCCAAAGAGAAGCCCAGGGACAGUGCCAAGGUCAGACAUCUCUCGUGUACGGAGGCGCAAACAGCUUCGUGGCCACCAAAGGACCCAGUUGCAGAGGAACUGGGAACGCUUACGCCAAGCCCUCCACAAGCUGAUUGGAUUAACUCUGUAAAGCUUCAAAGACAUUGUCUCUCAGUAACUGCAUACCUUCGCUGGUGGCUCAGGAUGGUUAGCAGGUGGGACCAUCUGUGUGGCCACAUGGACCAAUAACAGAUGGCCAUCAAUUUUUGAGGGAACAUGAACAGAUUGAACUGCAGAGGAAAAAAUGAAAACAUUGACACUAAAGACAUGAAAUAAGAAAGAAAAAGAGACAAACAAACACACAUUGUGAAUAAAUGUGACUCAAUAAGGAAAACAAAACCGUGACUUGAGUGGGAGCUUGACUUAAACAGUGUAUUGAAAAAAAUGCCACUAUUUAAAAGGAGCUUCUACUUAGAAACCAAAAUAGUGUGUCAUCUCUAUGUUGUUUCUCUAUUGUAAAGAAAUGAAAUUAUUUAUGUCAUAUAAUAUAUGUCAUAUAGACGUAUAUAUAUUUGACAUACAAUUGUGACAAAAUAAAGACUAAGAUAACAGUGUUAACUAA